AAUGUAAAUGUUUUAUUUUAUUAAGUAUGAAACAUAAAACCAUAACAGACAAAGACAUUAUUGACACAGAAACAUCUACACCUAAAAAAUAUGAAGUACGAAGAUGAUCAAAAUGUUGGUAGAAAAAAGCCGGAUACCCUAUUUCUGUAUUUUGCAGUUGUAACUGCCACGUUACUGAUGUUGGUGAAUGCUGCAUUAUCGGUCUGGACUUCUCCAGCUAUUGUCAAAAUGCAAUCAAAUAACACAGAUGAAAAUAUUUUGGGCAGACCAAUAACAACUUGGGAAACUUCUAUUUUGCUAGGUGUACCAGGACUAGCUUCAUUAGUAGGGUCAGCUUUUUUACCCAAAUUGGCUGAUAUACUCGGAAGAAAAAAAAGCAUGCAACUGAUGGGUUUAGGAACAUUCCUUAGUACAAUUGGUUUAGCUUUUUGUAACACAAUAAACCUCAUGACCAUAUUGAGUUGCUUUAUACAAAUAUUUUGUGCAGGUGUAACAGGUAUUUUACCAAUUUAUUUAACAGAAAUAUGCGAAGAUCAUAAUAGAGCUAAGCACGGAUGUUUAAUGACAGCGUUUUCACCAAUAGGCCAAGUAUACGCACUUAUUCUUGGACCACUAUUUGAUUUAAAAGUUUUUACGCUGUUAUUAUCAGCACCUAUGGUUCCUUUUCUAGUACUAUUCUUUUUUGCCCCUGAAAGUCCAGUUCACUUACUAUCGAAAGGCAUGGAAAAAGAAUGUAUAGAAAGUUUACAAAAAUUAAGAAGAAACAAAACAAAAAAAGAAAUUGAAAAUGAUUAUCAUAAUCUUGAAAUAAACAAAAGUAUAAAGGGAAGUGAAGAGAACAGAUUGAAUUUUAUUCAACUUUUUGGGACAAAAGAAGGUAGAGUAGGUUUGAUGUUAGCGUUUAUUCCCAUACUUUCCCAAAAUUUGUCUGGUGUCCAAAUUAUUUUUCCUUUAUUGGGUCCUAUAUUUAAUGAUUCAGGAUCAAAACUAUCUGGUGACACCAUUGCCGUUAUAGCAGCGUUGGUUAAGCUAAUAACAUUUACGAUAAUAACUUUUGUUAUAGAAACGACUGGAAGAAAACCCAUGCUUAUAGUAUCUUCAAUUGGAGCAGGCAUCUCAUCGACUACUUUGGGAGUAUUCUUUUAUUUAAAAUACAUUAAUUCACCGUUCAUCGAAUCCUUUCACUUGGGUCCUUUACUAAGUGUGUCAGCAUUUAUUAUUAGUUAUUCUAUAGGAUUGGGUCCCAUUCCCAUGGCUAUAAUUUGUGAACUUUUCCCAUCUGAUCUCAGAUCUACUGCUUUAGCUAUUAUCUCGACUGUUAGUGCUCUUGUAAUAACAGGGUAUACAACUUUCUACCCUCUAUUAGCUGAAUUAAUUCACACACAUUGGUGCAUGUGGAUAUUUGGACUGUCUUGCUUUGCAGGAACUUUUUUUAUCUCCACAAUGUUGCCAGAGGUCAGAGGAAAAAGUGUUCUUGAAAUUCAAGAAAUUCUAAGAAAUUACACAUUGUGUAUGAAGUAAUAUUAAUUUAUCUGUGAUAUAUUUUAUUUUUAAUAUAAAGUUUAAAAAAAUAUAUAAUUUUUAUUUCCCUUGUGUUCCUGUGUUAAAAAUUUGUUGCUGUUCUUCUGUUUUCUUAUCCAUCUUAUCCCAGAUCUACAGUUUUGUGGUCAAAUAAUCAGCCUUAAACGCCCAUUACUCGGCAUAGUUCUCCCCUGUGAAACUCCAUUGGUCUCUAUUCUGGGAGAUCUGCAUGUAGUCCUUUCCAGCCGUUCUCUUAAAGUCGUCCGUCCAUCUCAUCUGUGGUCUUUCUCUUUUUCUUUUCUAUUCCCAUGGUCGCUAGUGUAGAAUUCGCUUAUUCCGUCUUUCAUCUUUUGCCACAGGGUGUGGCCGGCGAAGUUCCGUUUAAGGUUUGCAACCUGUCUUAAUACGUCGUUCACCUUUGUUAUUUCUCUGACUUAUGAGCUUCCAUUCCUGUCUUUAAGACUUAUACCCUGCAUCUGUCUUUCCCUUGCUCUUUGUGUUUUGAAUAUCCUGUCAAUGUUCUCCUUUGUGAAACAUAUCCAUGUUUGUGAGCCAUAUGUGAUAACUGGUAAUAUGCACUGGUUAAAUACUUUUGUUC